CAUUGCGUUCAGGACGCGGAGAAAUCUUUUGGCACUUGCAGGAAAACGCAUGCGCGCAGAGGAAACCAACUGGCUCGUGUCAAGUCGCACCAGACGGAUGGGAUCGAGGCAAAAAUCACCUGUAUUCUGGCAUUCAUGGUGACACAUCCAUGGGCUCAGAGCGGGUGGAGAUGCGUAAGAGACAGAUGCAGGUUCAUCAGGAAGCAGCUGCCAGUGUCCUCCAAGCGCGCCACAGGAUGGGAAACACCCCCGGCAACGCUUCCAACGCCUGCUGCUUCUGCUGGUGCUGCUGCUGCAGCUGCUCCUGCUUGACUGUUCGCAGUGAGGAUGAGACAAUACAAAGGCCCACGUUGCAACCGCAAAUAGAGAAAAAUACUAAUUGCGAUGAAAGCCCAAAACCUAGUUUGGAGGAAGCUCGAUCCUGGUCAACAUCCUUUGAAAAGGUGAUGAAAAGUGCCGCGGGGCGUAGCUGCUUCAGGCAGUUCCUACGGACCGAGUUCAGUGAAGAGAACAUGAUGUUCUGGCUGGCCUGUGAAGAGCUCAAAAAGGAGACAAACAAGACUGUGGUGGAAGACAAGGUUCGUCAGAUAUACGAGGACUUCAUCUCAAUCCUUUCUCCGAAAGAGGUUAGCCUGGAUUCACGCGUCCGAGAUGUGAUUAAUCGCAACAUGCUGGAGCCGACCUCGCACACGUUUGACGACGCUCAGCAGCAGAUCUACACGCUGAUGCAAAGAGACUCGUAUCCUCGCUUCAUAAACUCUACGGCAUACACAGAUCUAAUGAAGAACCUGGAAGAGCCUCCUCCUGAGCCAUAGACUCAAAUUUUAGCUUUUAAAAUGGCGCAUGCGUCCCACCCAACAGUCUUGUGUCCCUGUUGGAAUCCUGCUAUUUAGAGAAAGACGGGAGCACUACUUCAAACUGGUCUUUAUCCAGCUGUAAUUGCCGUUUAUUUACCCGUUAUCAGCUUACCAAAACCCUUGAAGCAAAUGAGAACAAAUGCUCUCCAGCAUCAGUUCCUUGUUCAAAAGCAUAUAUAUAUAUAUUUUUAUA